CUUUUCAAAGAGAGAAGGUCACUACUCACUACGUACAAGUUUCCAUCUUUCGUUAGAGCAAAUCAGAUUGAGAUAUCGUUCUCAUUUUGCUCCGCCGAAGAAAUUCGGUCGCAAUUUCAUCUGAUUUUUAGAAUUCGGUGAUGGGAUUCAAUAAAGUUUACAAGUCAUUGCAGGAGAUUUUCCCACAGAUAGAUGCUCGGGCUCUUAGGGCUGUUGCUAUUGAGCAUAGCAAGGAUGCUGAUGCAGCUGUUGAAGCUGUGCUUGUGGAGAUUAUACCUUUCUUCUCUGAACGAUCGAGACCACAUACCCCUUCAACUGGGAGUAGUGCUGUUGGAGAAUCAUCAGGAGGUGCUGUUACCACUGUUCAAACUGCGGAUUGCACAUCUGUGAAUGCUGUUGCAGGAACAACUGAUGCCCAAAGCAGUUAUAUUGCAAAUUUUGGAUAUCAGAAGUCUUUUAGUGAUGUUAAUGAUGGCCAUACCGAACCCUUAUCUGAUACCAAUGUUGAACAUCAUGAACUAGAGGGUGUUAUGGCUUACUUGAAUUUGUCUGGAAGUGUACAUGAUAACAACAUGCAAUUGAAGACUGAUAUUUACUCUCAUGAUGAAGUUGCUCAUUUGACUAGUACGGAUGGAGCAGAUACUCUUCAGAUUGAAGUGUCAGUAGAACCCAAAACUGACAAGACAGCUUCAAAUAGCAGCAUCCAACUUGCAUCUGAUGAUGCAUGUCAUACCAUGUGGACCUUGCAAGGAAAAGAUUCUGGAAGCAUUCAAGAUUUGAAUAUGUUAAGUGAAGGAUCAGACUCUAGGUGCUUAGAGACUGAGUUUGAUACAACUACCAAUGACGUAUGUGAACAGGGGAAAUCCUAUGGAGAUGAAGGGACUUGUGUGGUUGGACCUGCUUCAUUUAUUGUUCGUGAUCUAACAGCAAGCCUUCCAGAAAAUAAUUUUCCGUUGUUAGCACUCCAUGAAAAGUCUGUAAAUGAUUCAGGGGAAUUAGAUGUAAGUUAUCCUUGUAACAGUGCUCCCAAGAUGGAAGCUGGUAACAACAUCGUUGACUCUGAUGAUGAGUCUACCUUAAGUGGCUCCAUGUCUCAAUCUAGCAAAAUCCAUAUGAUUGAUGCUCUUGCGAAUAUUAUAGCUGAUGCAAGAAAUAAUAAGAAAAUGUUGUUCUCAGCAAUGGACUCUGCAAUAAGUUUAAUGAGGGAAGUGGAGCUUAAAGAGAAAGCUGCAGAACAAGCCAGAGUAGAAGCUGCUAUGGGUGGAACAGAUAUACUGGUUAAGUCUGAAGAGCUUAAACAUAUGGUGAAACUAGCAGAGGAAACAAAUUCCAUGCAUGCUGGGGAAGUAUAUGGUGAGAAGGCCAUCCUAGCAACUGAGUUGAGAGAGCUUCAGUCUCGUGCACUCUCGUUGUCAGUUGAAAGAGACAAAUAUCUUGCUGUUCUUAAUGAGAUGCAACAAACCUUGGAGGUGCGAUUAACUGAAGCUCAGAAUGUAAUAAAAUAUGCUGAGCUAGAAAAAACAGAAAAGGAAAAUGCUGCAAUGAAAGCCCUUACUGAGCAGGAAUUGAUUAUGGAGAAAGUGUUGCAAGAGUCAAAGAUCCUAAACCAACAAGCAGAAGAUAACUCCAAGUUGCGCGAAUUUCUUGUGGACCGUGGCCGUGCAGUAGAUACAUUGCAGGGAGAAAUAUCUGUUAUAUGUCAGGAUGUGAGGAUGCUGAAGGAGACUUUCGAUGAGGAUAUUCCAUUUAGCAAGUCACUCUCAUCCAGCCAGACCAGCUGCAUCUUAGCUUCAUCUGCUUCAUCUUCAAAAAGCUUGAUUCGGGAGCAGGUGGACUUACUUCCUGACGAAGGAACUGAGUCACUGGACACUCGAGACAAGAAAGGAACUGCUUCUUGUUCGACGGAAAGCUCAUCUCAAGAUGAAGCUGCUGGGAAUGAUGACAAGGCACUUUCAGACGACGAGUGGGAAAUGUUGCUUGCUUGAGUUUGCAAUCCGUCCAUAUCUUUCACUUCUGAUACUUCAGCAUCUGCUUGGUUUUGUUUAUUAGCUAUUAAGAUUAUGUGGAACCUUAAACGCCUGAAAAUUAAGUGAUUGUGCCUCUACAUUUUGUUCAUAUGUAAUAUAAUAAAGCGCAAAUUUCCAGGUGUUCGUUUUCA